AUGUCUAAGGUUGUUGAAGUUGAAGAUUCUACAAACGAUUCUGCUUCGUUCGGCUCAGAUAAGAAGGGCAAAACUGUCGAAGUUAAAGAGGAGCUUUUAACUGAAAGUGAGCUCGCUGGGUAUAAUUUAUAUGAAAAAGCCCAAGAAAUCAAUUCGGAAGAAGAGCAGGCAAUCAGCAAAAAGUUACUUUGGAAGGUAGAUAGAAGAAUCGUCCCCUUAUUAUGUAUCACUUAUACAUUGCAAUUCUUGGAUAAGUUGUCUCUUAACUAUGCUGCCGCCUAUUCUCUAAAAGAGGAUUUGAACUUGAUUGGCCAACGUUAUUCGUGGGUUGCUGCUAUCUUCAAUUUUGGGUACUUGUUCUGGGCUCUUCCUGGCAAUUAUAUCAUUCAGAGAGUUCCUGUAGCCAAAUAUACUGGCUUCAUGUUGUUCUCCUGGUCUAUUAUCUUGAUUGGUCACAUCGGUUUGAAAAACUAUGGGGGAGCUUUGGUUAUCAGAUUCAUUCUUGGGAUGUUUGAAGCGCUGAUUAGUCCUUCUUGUAUGAACAUCUGCAGUUCGUUCUACACCGUUAAACACCAGCCAAUCAGAAUGUGUAUCUUCCUCUCGUUCAACGGUGUAGCUACCAUGGUUGGAGCUCUCUUGGGUUUUGCCUUGGGUCAUGCCACCAACUCUAGCUUGAAACCAUGGAAGCUUAUAUUUAUGGUCAUUGGACUCAUGAACUUUGUGUGGUCCUUGAUCUUCCUCUGGUUGUGUCCUGAUUCUCCAGAUAAAGCCAAAUUCUUGACUGAAGAGGAGAGAGCAAUCUUAGUCAAAGAAGUAGCCUCCAAUAACCAGGGUCUUAGAGAUGUUAAAUUCAAGAAACACCAGGCUAUAGAAGCUAUUAGUGAUGUUGGGGUUUGGAUAUUGGCAUUUGUUGGUUUGGCUUGUGGAGUGAUUAACGGAGGAAGUUCCAACUUCUCUUCUGCUUUGAUUAAAGGGUUCGGUUUCUCUGGUUUGCAAGCAACUGCGCUUCAAUUACCAACAGGUGCGAUUGAAUUAGUAGUAGUGGCCGCUACUGGUUUUGCUGUAUUCAGUUUUAAGAAUACUAGAACUGUUGCCUUGUUCCUCAUUUGUAUUCCUCCAUUGGGUGGUUUAAUAGGAAUUCACGUCAUUUCUUUGGAACAUAAGUGGUCUUUGGUUGGUUGUACUUGGCUUCAAUUCAUCAUUGGAGGUCCAGUCAUCUUGUGUUGGAUCUUGUUAAAUGCAAAUGUUUCAGGUUCUUCAAAGAAGACAAUAGCAAAUGGCUUAUGGUUUGCUUUCUACGCUUCAGGGAACAUCAUUGGUGCCAAUGUUUUUUAUACUUACGAGGCUCCAAAAUAUCGUAGUGGUAUGAUUGCCUUGAUGACAUGCUACUGUGGUAUAAUGGUUUUGGCUGUGGCGUACAGAGGUUUGCUUACGUUCAGAAACAAGAAGAAAAUGGAAGAACAGGGUGAAAUGACACCGGAAAUGGAAGAACAAGCUAUUCUUGACGGGUUCAAGGGCUUGACUGAUUUCGAAAACUCUGGUUUCCGUUAUGUAUUAUGA